UACCGCUCGCCCUGCCGCUACCAUCCAAUCCACUCCAUCAUCCCGUGAUCUCACGAGUGAGUGAGUGAGUGAGUCACUCCAAAGCAGUUACCGGCACCAGCAGAGCAGCAAUGGCGCUGCGAACGCUCCACCUCAACGCGCCGCCGCUCCUCCAUAUUCUGCGCUCGCUAUGCCUCCUCGUCCUGGCCGCGUCGGCGGCGGUGUCGGUGUCGGGGCGCCACCACGCGCCCACCCCGGCGCACGGCACCGGGCAGAGCAUGUACCUGGCGCCGGCCUGCCGGGCGCACACGGCGUCGCUCGCGGACUUCGGCGGCGUGGGCGACGGCACCACCUCCAACACCGCGGCGUUCCGCUCCGCGGUCGACCACCUGUCGCAGUACUCCGGCGAGGACGCCGGCGGCGCCAUGCUGUACGUGCCCGCCGGGAAGUGGCUCACGGGGCCCUUCAACCUCACCAGCCACUUCACCCUCUUCCUCCACAGCGACGCCGUCAUCCUCGCCUCCCAGGACAUAAACGAAUGGCCAAUCAUUGAUCCCCUGCCUUCUUAUGGAAGAGGAAGGGAUAAAAUUGGAGGAAGAUUCGCUAGCCUCGUCGGUGGAUCAAACCUGACCGAUGUAGUCAUUACUGGUAACAACGGCACAAUUGAUGGACAGGGCGCGAUGUGGUGGUCGAAAUUCCACAAGAACCAGCUCAAGUACACGCGCGGGUACCUGAUCGAGCUGAUGCACUCGGACACCAUCUACAUCUCCAACCUGACGCUGCUCAACUCGCCGGCGUGGAACAUCCAUCCGGUCUACAGCAGCAACAUCGUGGUGCAAGGCAUCACCAUCCUGGCGCCGACGAACUCGCCCAACACGGACGGCAUCAACCCUGACUCUUGCUCGCACGUCCGGAUCGAGGACUGCUACAUCGUGUCUGGCGACGACUGCGUGGCGAUCAAGAGCGGGUGGGACGAGUACGGCAUCUCGUACGGGAUGCCGAGCCAGCACAUCGUGAUCCGUCGGCUGACGUGCGUGUCGCCGACGAGCGCGGUGAUCGCGCUGGGGAGCGAGAUGUCGGGCGGCAUCCAGGACGUGCGCGCGGAGGACAUCACGGCGAUCAACUCCGAGUCCGGCGUGCGCAUCAAGACGGCGGUGGGCCGCGGCGCCUACGUGAAGGACGUGUUCGUGCGGCGGAUGACGCUGACCACCAUGAAGUGGGUGUUUUGGAUGACGGGAAACUACAAGUCCCACCCGGACGACAAGUACGACCCCAACGCCAUCCCCGUCGUCGACAACAUCAGCUACCAGGACGUGGUGGCCACGGGUGUGUACAAGGAGGCGGCGAGGCUCGAGGGCAUCCAGGGCGCCCCCUUCAAGGGCAUCUGCGUCGCCAACGUCACCGCCGACCUGUCCAAGUCCAGGAAGUACCCAUGGACGUGCGCCGACGUCGAGGGCGUGUCGGUGAACGUCAGCCCGGCGCCGUGCCAGCCGCUCCAGGGCGCGCACGACGGCGCAUGCCCGUUCCCGACCGACACGCUGCCCAUCGACCAGGUCACAGUGCAGCAGUGCGCCUACGACGUCCCCGGCGGUACCGGCGCCAGCGGCGGCGGCAACUAGCAGCUCUUCUCGGGUCAUCAAGAAGCAACUAGUGGAUCGUGGAUGCGGAUCACCAGCUUGCAGCCUACCACAACUACUAGUAGUGCUCGCUCACAUACACAUACACUUGUCGUCCUGAUCCAACGCAAGCAAUUAGUACUAGUCUCAAGUCUUAUUAUGAGUGAUGAACACAAUAACGAGCGCAGCGAGCAAUUAAGCUGAUCCAAUGUAGUAUAUCUUCUUUGUGACGAUGUGGCUGAUGAUGUCCGUGUGAAUUUGCGUCAAAUUAAUCAGCUGGCCUGAAACUGGAAAAGGUUAUUUAGGCCCAGCUGUUUGUUGAGUUUGCUGUUGCUUAUGCUUAUAUACAAAGCUACAUGUCAUAUAAUAUUUAUAAA